CACAGCGCAUUCAGUGUAGGGAGAAGCAGGGACUCACUAUGAGGGGGAACUUUGUUACUAUGAAACUUAGGAAUAUUUGCAAAAUAUUGUAAAAAUUCUCAAAAUCCCUCGUGAAUCCAUAACCUGCCCCUAGGGUUUGAGGUUUUUAGUCUAGUUCGCCCGGAGAGGGCCUCUCCACUCACUAUUCUGACACUUUUUUUGAAAGAAUGUGUGAGACAGACAGUUAGCCAGCCAGCUAGCUAGCUAGCUGAGAGGUGAUACAGGCGGCAGGAGAACAAAAGACUUUUUUGCGUUUUGGCCGGUUUGUACUGACACCAAGUCCAUGCAGAACGUGUCAUUACCAUCACAAUGCCCGUUUUACUUUUUCUGAUAGACACGUCCGCUUCAAUGAACCAGCGCACCCAUCUGGGCACUACCUAUCUGGACAUAGCAAAAGGCGCUGUUGAGACUUUUAUGAAGCUCAGAGGGAGAGAUCCGGCGAGCCGAGGGGACCGGUAUAUGUUGGUAAAUUUUGAAGACGUUCCGUUCGGGAUAAAGGCGGGAUGGAAAGAGAGCCACGCCACAUUCAUGACCGAGCUGAGGAACCUCCAAGCCACCGGACUCACGACUAUCGGCCAGUCCUUGAGGACCGCUUUUGAUUUACUCAAUCUCAAUAGAUUAGUGACUGGGAUAGACAACUAUGGACAGGGAAGGAAUCCCUUUUUCCUCGAGCCCGCUAUCAUCAUCGCCAUCAGCGACGGCAACAAGUUGACCAGCGGCGGCGGAGUCCAAGACGAGCUCCACCUCCCUCUGACCACCCCACUGCCGGGUAGCGAGCUGACCAAGGAGCCCUUCCGCUGGGACCAGCGUCUGUUCGCUCUGGUGCUGCGCAUCCCGGGAAAUGCUUCGGUGGAGCCCGAACCCCUCGGUGGCGUCCCGCCCGACGAUUCUCCAAUCACCCCCAUGUGUGAGGUUACCGGAGGACGUUCCUACAGCGUGUUCUCUCAGCGUAUGUUGAAUCAAUGUCUGGAGUCCCUGGUGCAGAAAAUCCAGAGCGGAGUGGUGAUAAACUUUGAGAAAACCGGGCCUGACCCUCCUCCUCUAGAGGAUGCUGCAGCUGAGGUGCUGAAGUCCGGCGUACAGCCUUGGCACUGCUGUCACAAGCUGAUCUACGUACGACCCAACCCUAAAACUGGCGUCCCCAUCGGUCACUGGCCCAUCCCCGAGGCCUUCUGGCCGGACCAGAACUCUCCAACGCUGCCCCCGCGCUCAGCACACCCCCAUGUCCGCUUCUCCUGUCUGGACGCAGAGCCCAUGGUGAUCGACAAGGUGCCCUUCGAUAAGUACGAGCUGGAGCCGUCGCCUCUCACGCAGUACAUCUUGGAGAGGAAGUCACCUCACACCUGCUGGCAGGUGUUUGUAUGUAACAGUGCCAAGUACAGUGACCUGGGCCAACCGUUUGGCUACUUAAAGGCCAGCACAGCUCUGAACUGUGUCAACCUGUUUGUGAUGCCCUACAACUACCCCGUGCUACUGCCACUUCUGGACGACUUGAUCAAAGUGCACAAGUUCAAGCCUACUAUCAAAUGGCGGCAGUCCUUUGAGAACUACCUGAAGACCAUGCCUCCGUAUUAUAUCGGGUCCCUCAGGAAGGCUCUAAGAAUCAUGGGAGCACCAAACCUGCUGGCAGACAACAUGGAGUACGGUCUGAGCUACAGCGUGGUCUCCUACCUGAAGAAGCUCAGCCAACAGUCGAAGAUCGAGUACGACCGCCUGAUCGCCUCGAUCGGUAAAAAGAUGCCGCCAGAGGCGGGCAUCAAGGUGCGCUGGCGAGGGGGAGGUAUAUCUCUGGCCCAGCGCAGAGACUUCAUCCAGCAGCUGCAGAGUCUCAGUGGAGAGGCUCCGAGUAUGCCCCUGGAGCUCAACCCCAAAGAGUUCCAGGGCUUUCACCUGGCACUGCUCAACAAGGGCCUCAAGCCGCUAACCUUCAGAAAUCCCUACGAUAUCCCUCGCAGCCAUCUGCUGGACCAGCUCAGUCGAAUGAGGAGGAACCUGCUCAACACCAGUGUGUGUAAUCUCAGAGGGCAGGACUCAGACCAACUCCACAGCGUGCCAAUAGCCCAGAUGGGCAACUACCAAGACUUCCUUAAAGCUGCUCCUCAGCCUCUUCGAGACGCAGACCCCGAGCAGCCUAAACGUUUGCACACAUUCGGCAACCCCUUCAAACUAGACAAGAAGGGAAUGAUGAUCGACGAGGCGGAUGAGUUUGUAACCGGUCCUCAGAACAAGGGGAAGAGACCAGGAGACAACAGCAACAUGCCAGGCGGAGGGCCCAAGAGACGUCGCUGCAUGUCGCCUCUGCUGCGCCUCGGCAGAGCCUACACCCCUCCAGUAACACCGCCCGCCAGCCCCCGACCAACAGCAGACAUGGACAUGAGUGACGGAGCACCAGAACCAGACCUGAUCAUCAACCACCUAAACCAGAACCACUACGGCUCAGACGGGAGCUCGGACUCAGAGGUAGAUCAUCCCUCGGGGCCUCCCGAUCACCAGGAGAACCACAUGUCCGCCGACCCCCAGGACCUACGGCACAGGGAGGACGACGAUGAUGAUGAGGAGGAGAACGGACGACCCCAGUUGGGCGAGUUGCCGCCGGGCUGCGAGGGAGGACUGGAGAUGGUGCUGGUGGAGGACCAGCCGCCUCGCUACCUGUCACCCACAGCUCUGAAGAAGCACAUCCACACGGAGACGGCAAAGGUCAACAACGAGCUGAGGGCGCUCAUCACCAAGGAGAUCAGGAAACCUGGCAGACACUAUGAGAAGAUCUUCCUCCUCCUGAAGCAGAUCCAGGGAACUCUGGACACCCGACUCAUCUUCCUCCAAAACAUUAUCAAGGAGGCGGCCAGGUUCAAGAAGCGCGUUCUCAUCGAGCAGCUGGAAAACUUCCUCGAAGAAAUCCACAACAGAUCCAACAACAUGAACCAUGUGGACACGCUCUGAGACUGGCUCGUUCCCAAACUGAACUCACUGAUAAUGAAGCCGAAUCCCUUCCUGUAGUGGGAGGGGCCCUCCACGGAGACGGAGACAAGACCGCAUCCAGCCCUCAGACUAUCACCUCCUGACUGUUUUCAUUAUCUCAGCAUUGUUGAUGGUCUUGUUGGUUUGCACACACACACAGACUGCAUUAUCCAGAUAUCCAAAAAGGGGUAGUGAGGAGGUAUUUUAUUGCUGCAGGUGAAGUGUUUGCCCCUGUAGAACAUUUGAGCACGGUUGUUUUCCGAUCUGCAAGCCCGUCCUGAACCCCCCCCCCCCCCUUAUUGUUUGUACACCUCCACCUGAUUUUGUUCUUUUUGUUGGAAGAAGGCACAGUAAAUGAGGGGGGGCAGCGGCGGGUGGUGGUGGGGUGGUGCAGGACUUAUUCUGGAGAGAAAACAGAUGGCAGCCUGCGUCUGGAUGUCAUGUUUUUAAUUGUGAUGAUGUGACAGACAGACUGUGUAGGAAGGGUUCAGGUUGUGUGUGUGUGUGUGUGUGUGUGUGUGUGUGUGCGUGUGUGGUUGCAUGUGCGUUUUCAGCCAACUCAGGGUCAAACAGGAUCCAGCGGAGAUGCUCAUGAAAUACUUUUCUUUCCUCAUGCCUUUUCAUUCGUUCACUUUACCCUCCUCAUUAGGUUUUUCUACUGUUUUGGGGGGCGUUGUUGUUGUUGUUGUUGUUGUGUGAGAGGAUGAUUGUUCUGUUCGACUGUUGAAAUUUACUUUCUACACUCCACUAACUGAAGCACUCCACUGCUGUGCUCUUAAAUUUGUACGACUUGGCUCAACUUGUGGUUUAAUUCAAAUUCUUGGAAUUUGUCGACUCGUGGUUUGCCUACCUGAAUAUUAAUAUUAUUGAGUAGUAACUUAAAGGUGAAUUUUUUUUUUGUUCCCUCUGAGGGGGGAAAAAAAUGAGGGUAAACUUCAAAAGUGUCUUUUGCGAUGUAGGUUUUCAGAGAGACCAACACAAAGUCAAACCAUCAUUUUGAAUGAUGCAACAUCAUUGGUUACAAAUGUUGAAAUACAGGGACAAAAAACUCAGGAACUAACACUAAUGCAUCAUAAUCAGCAAUAACAAUGGAGCUACUUUUACCCCCCCCCGCCCCCCCUCCAUUUUUAUCUUAUUUUAGCCUGAAACAGCUGAUAUGCAACACAAACUGUUGUUCCCCCGGAGUGUUGAUGAACUGAGGCCUCGGAUGCCAGCUUGUCCCAACGUGCUGGUCGCUGCCAAAUAACUUAACCUGCCCCCUGAACUCCUCCAGAUCCGCCAUGAAUCUCAAACCAACUUCUUGUCACUUAACCGUGAAAUGCACUUGUGUAAAUUUGAGAAUGUUUAUUUAAUGUAAUUUAAAAAUUAAAACUACCUUGUUUUUGGUCACAGAAGUUUGUUUUCCAACAAUCUUCUAUCAUAUUUUUUUUUCCUGUCAGGCCUGUUCAGUUUUUCUCAAAUAUACACAAAUAAUAUGAAUUUAGGUGUAGAGGUCAAGAGUUGAUUUCUGAUUCAGAGGGCAGCCCUCUUCUGUUCCCUCCCUCCUUGGACAGGGACCAAAAUCUGCCAUACUUGUCUUUGUUUGUGAAGAGGCCGCUACCAAAAGAGUAUUUUGAAUACACUGUAAAGAUGUAAAUAACCCUAGAGUACUAUUUAAAGAGAAUGUUCAGUGGAAAACGGCCUUUUUGUAAGUAUUUCCAUGAAUAAAGUUUCUAUUUUACACUGUGAAGGGCCAUGUAAAUAAAGUGUUCUGUAAAGAUGUGA